CUAGUUACUGCCUGAGAGCCUGUAGAUUUAGACUCUGUUUGCUUGAAUUCUGAGGUAAUAUAUUUCUUCUGGAUUUCUCUCCCCAUUGCUUUGGCAGUGGUGAGAUACCACGUUGAUGUGUACACUGGGCAGGUGAGACAAGAGGCGACAGAGUCUGAAGUCUCCCUCUGUCUCUACGGGGAAAGGGGAGACUCUGGCCUUCGACUGCUCCACAGAUCCAACAUGCCUGUGCGCUUUCAGAGAGGACAGGUCGAGGCUUUUCAAAUAGAAGCAGUGUCUCUUGGAAACCUGAAGAGGGUGCUGUUGCGCUGCGAGGCCAGCGACACAUCCCAGGGCUUGUACUGUGAGAAGAUCGUCGUCCAAGAGACCGGCACAGUGUCAGAAUCCGUCUUCACCUGUGAAAGAUGGAUUCCCUUUAUGUCCCAAGGCUUAAGACAUUCAGAAAUUGAACUUUAUUGUCAAGAUGAGGAUUAAGGCAACUGGCAGUAGAAGAAGAUCAAGAUGCUUUUGUUACAACUGGACAUCAUGGAAGAUGACCUCCCAAUUAUCCCAGAAUGUCCCAGUUGCUAAUACUAUAUGGAUAGCUAUUUCUUGCAGAGGAAAUACAAAUACAUGGAAGCAUGUCUUAGAGAUGUUUUAUGCACCCCAUAU